GGCGUCAAUCCCUCUUUUGGCCCUCUCCUGCUCUCUCAUCGCUGCGUCGCUCUCUCUUGCUAUUCUAUCUCCAGCACUUAGUUCCAUCGGUUCGAGAGAGAGAGAGAGAGAGAGAGAGAGAGAGCAAUCAUGUUGGUUUAUCAGGAUCUCCUCAACGGUGAUGAGCUUCUCUCAGACUCCUUUCCUUAUAAGGAAAUAGAGAAUGGUAUGCUGUGGGAAGUUGAGGGAAAGUGGGUUGUUCAAGGAGCAGUCAGUGUAGACAUCGGUGCAAACCCUUCUGCUGAGGGUGCUGAUGAGGAUGAGGGUGUUGAUGACCAGGCUGUUAAGGUUGUUGACAUUGUUGACACCUUCAGACUCCAGGAGCAACCUCCUUUUGACAAGAAGCAGUUUGUUGCCUAUGUGAAGAAGUACAUCAAGUUGUUGGCACUCAAACUGGAUGAGGAGAAACAGAAGAAAUUUAAGAAGAAUAUUGAGGGAGCAACCAAAUACCUGCUAUCAAAGCUCGGUGACCUCCAAUUCUUUGUGGGCGAGGGCAUGCAUGAUGAUAGCACCAUGGUGUUUGCUUACUACAAGGAAGGUGCCACUGACCCAACCUUUUUGUACUUUGCCUAUGGGUUGAAGGAGGUCAAGUGCUAAAAUUGGGGUGAAGCAGCUUUGAAGCAGAAGUGCUUGCUGUAGUUUUAGUGUUUAUUACUGCCUUCCAUCUUUAUUAUAUCAUUUUUGUUCUGUUUGACAUGAGUUUUGAACUUUUUUAAAUUAAUUGUUGUCUUCUGAUUUGAAACUUAAAUGUUUUAUGAAAUAUUAUGCUCUGGCUUGGGUUGGCGAUUACUUGCUCGGUUAUUUGUUUUGUUGCUGGAUUUUUACAGCAAGCAAAAUAUGCCCCGUUGAUGUAAUCAAGAUCAUCUUCAAUGUUCAACGAGCACCCAUAUUUAAACAAUGAAA